CUUAAUUAUUAGCACACUUUCCAACAUCACCGUCCUAGCUAGAGUCCUCGUCCCUCAAUGCUACCGCCUUGAUCAACCGAUAGUUGAUCUCAUAGCAAAUACAACGAGUAGUAUAAAAACAAAGACAUUAUAUACUCCGUACUAUUUACCAAAAAAAAAAAAAAAAAUUGGUUCCACCUUCAAAACCAGCAACAAUGGAGAAAUCCACAUCAGAAAAUCUGAUAAUGGUAACCCAAGAACCCACAACUGGUAUAGCCCAAGUAAUGAUAAACCGACCCAAAUCCCUAAAUUCGUUGACCAGAUCCAUGAUGAGAUCAUUAGCUCAAGCAUUCAAAUCCCUCGACGCUGAUGAAUUCGUCAAAGUCAUCAUCUUGUCGGGUUCGGGUCGGGCCUUCUGUUCUGGGGUUGAUCUGACAGCUGCGGAAGACGUAUUCAAAGGUGAUGUUAAGGAUGUCGAGGGUGAUCCUGUGGCUCAGAUGGAGCGCUGUAAGAAGCCUAUAAUUGGGGCUAUUUCUGGGUUUGCUGUUACUGCUGGUUUUGAGAUUGCUCUUGCUUGUGAUAUCAUUGUUGCUGCUAAAAGCACCAAGUUUAUUGAUACUCAUGCUAGAUUUGGUAUAUUUCCUUCAUGGGGACUCUCACAGAAGCUUUCUCGCAUUAUAGGACCGAAUAAAGCUCGUGAAGUGUCACUGUCUGCCACUCCUUUGACUGCAGAGCAGGCUGAAAAAUUGGGAUUUGUUAAUUAUGUAGUUGAAGUCGGUGAACUGAUGAAAAAAGCUCAGGAAAUUGCAGCCUCAAUUGCAAAGAACAACCAAGACCUAGUGUUGCGGUAUAAAUCAGUCAUUAAUGAUGGUCUGAAGCUCAGCUUAGGUGAUGCACUUGCACUGGAAAAGGCAAGGGCUCAUAGUUAUUAUGAUGGAAUGACAAAAGAGCAGUUUAAGAAAAUGCAGGACUUCAUAGCUGGGCGAAAUGCAGGACGGUCCAAGCUGUAAAAAUGGUGUCCUUUCACUUUGUUUUGUGUUCAGUGAUCACUGGAGACAGCCUUUCACCAUGUUGUAAAUACUAAAUACUGUUCUGUGAUCACUGGAGACUUCCUUAAAAAUGGUGUUCUUUCACUUUGUUUUGUGUUCAGUGAUCACUGGAGACAGCCUUUCACCAUGUUGUAAAUACUAAAUACUGUUCUGUGAUCACUGGAGACUUCCUUUCACCUUGUUGUCGAUCUUGUUCAGUGAUCACUCGAGACUUCCUUUCGCCUUGAUGUCGAUCUUGUUCAGUGAUCACUGGAGACUCUAAAGUUGCUGCGUAUGACAUUAAAGUUUCAGAUCAAUAAUCUACAUAUUGUACCAUUUUCACAUUAAUAUUGUAAUAGUUUAAUAAUCUUAUUACCUCCGUUUCAUAUUAUUUGUAACGAUUUGACAUAAAGUAGAGAAGAAAACUGUCUAAUCGUUGCAAAUAAUAUAAAACGGAGGUAGUAUUACAAUAAGUUUCUGAAGAUAUCUAAAAAA